AUGCCAGUAAAAAUGAACGAGUCACCUGGUUUCAUCUUCAUACGUUUCGGAAUUUUUGUGGCAGCUCUUUAUUUUUGUGUUCUUGGCCUGUUUUCUCUCCCAUCCGAAUAUAUCCAUGAAAACGCAGCUGCAGUUAGAAUAAACGAACCUCGAGCACCUAACGUUAUUCUUAUGGUUGUGGAUGCCCUGCGACCAGACAUGAUUGGCUCAACCAAAUAUUACCGUAAUUGGCCAAACCUGCGAGCUGUCAUAGAGAAAGGCAUCGUUGACUGUUCCACUGCAUCUUUGGCUACACCAUCCGUCACAGGUCCCCGUAUCAAAGCCAUUGCAACUGGACGCAUCCCUGGAUUUAUUGAUAUCCUUUACAACCUAAAUACAGUUGGUGUUAAACAACCCUCCUGGGUCCAAUACAUGGUUCAGAAUAACAAGCGUAUUGAACUUUACGGUGACGACACCUGGCUGAAGCUAUUUCCCGAUGCAUUCAAGCGCUCGGAUGGUACAAGCUCGUUUUUCGUCACGGAUUUUUACGAGGUAGACACCAACGUGACUCGACAUCUCGAAAGUCGUCUGUCUGUGCCCGAUGAUUGGGAUCUAAUGAUUUUGCAUUAUCUCGGACUGGAUCACAUAGGUCAUGUUCAGGGUCCUAACGGUGAUGCCGUGUCAUCGAAACUGUGGGAGAUGGAUCAAGUUGUUGGAAAACUAGUCAAUGAAAUGGCAUGCACUAUAGAAAAAGGUGUAUUUGAAGCCAAGUCUGAUCAGACCGACAUAGCUACGCUGAUAGGCCUGCUGACCGGUGACGGUGUUCCUGCUGGCAGCAUCGGCGUUCCACCUGUCCGUGUUCUGCAGGCUUUUUGGCCCAACCCACUUUCCCGAUAUGGCGUCCUCUUGGAAGUCCUAGAACAUUUGCGUCGGCUAACCAAAUGUUUCGACACUAAUUGCAACCACGAACUUCUUGUUACCAGUGAGAUUUCGAAGUUGAAUCAACUAUAUAGUGAAAUCUCGUCACUGGUGCAGAUGUGUUCACCCUCGUCAUCGGUGCACCCGACCUGCAACCGAAUGUUGACCGACGUGGAAGGAAUGACCGUGCAAGUUGUUAAUCUACUCACCACCUUCCAACGGCGAACUCUGCUUCACGCAAAUAAUAAACUGAACGUUAAUUUGGUCGGCUCAGCUUGCUUGACUAUGGUGGCUAUCGCCAUUUCCUUUUUGGCACCUGGUGUUUGGGAUAUUAUUAGCCUCAAUAGGUUCAACAUUAAGUCGAAUCAGAGUGUCCGUGCACAGAUCUUCAGUUUGUUGGCGAUCUUUUCUCUCGGUUCCCUUCUUCUUCAUCUGAUUUCCCUGACUGCGAGUAGUUUGAUUGAGGAAGAACAUCGAACCUGGUAUUUUUUCGCCACCAGCUCCUUGUACUUCCUAAUCGUUUUGAUGAUAUCGGAGCGGGGAGUUGUAGUCGGAGGCGGGUCAGCUCUUUUGGUAAAGUGCAAGGUGAUUGGUUUACUUGCCUUCAUUCUCUGCCUCGAUCGGUUUCUACUGAAUGCGCUCAACCAGACGGGAGAUAAAUGGAUCCAUUUACCAGAUCUCACCAAUUGGUUCGAGGAUAACGUAGCCUAUCUAUGGAUCAUCCAGGUGAUGGCAUGGAUUGUAAUACUGCUCUCGCGAGCACUCCUCUCUCAGCCUCCGAACACAUUCCGCAGGCAGCAUCGGCGUACAGUCUUCGCCUUGACAUUGGUUGCCUUCAGCCAACUUGCCUAUCGCAUAAUUUGUUACACUGCUGGAGGAAAUCGGAUUCACCAUGACUCGUGGGCCUCUUCGCUACUGUCCGCUCGGCUAGCCUUUGUCUGUUUGGCUGUCGACCUGAUCUGCUGUUUCUGGUUUCUCUUCGACCUCAUCGCCCGGUCUGGGAGUGUCGAGUCCCCUCGAAUCCUGACGGGUUCCCUAAUUUUUACCAAGUCGGAUAAUAUUUGGCCCGUGCUGAGUCCUGUCCACACAUUUGCUCUUCUUGCAGUCCUUCUGGGUCGUCCUUCGGGCAUUGUUUUGUGGGCUGGCGUAAUACUUAAGGAGUCACUCCUAGCCUAUGUCUUUCACAUUGAAUUCACCUCUAUGGGCGUUUUGUGGUCGGAGUCUCACUCGAAAUUGACCUACUUUAUUGGCAUGUGCUACUGGAUAGAGGGGUGGACAACUUUCUUCCAGCAGGUAUGCUUACUUUACUUACAGCUUGUGUUUCAUUCGUUAAUAUUUUGCUAG